AUGGUGGCUACAUGUGUCGCCUCUUCAAACCUGGCGUUGUCUGCCGCUUUGCGUCAUGUCUACCGUUCGCAGCUGACCGGCAAUUUGGGUGCUUCCCUGGUCACCCCCUGCCACGCACGAUUCAACUCUUAUCCUAAGGCCCGUGACUUUCGUCGACCCUUCAGCCUUUUGUCAAGCCUUCGCGACAAUCAGAAUGAACUGUCGGAAAUUACAUCUUCCAAUGGCCCAGUCUCCGCAGAUGUCGCACCGUCUUCACAGAAAUUCCAUAAGGCCUUUGAUGGUCCGACUGAUAAAGGUGGAUGGAAUACCCACAAGCGUCAAACCAAGGCUCAGCAAAAAGACUCAGAGCGCAGAAUGGGAAGGUCGGACAGAGAGCGUCGGGAAUUCCGCAACGAAACCCGACGAGAGGCUAAAAAGCAACCUCGUGACUGGAAAGCAGAGAACGCCAAAGCGAGACAAGAAUUUGAGAAUCAGAGAAAAAGAAAACCCGAGAAUUGGCAAGUGCAAAAGGCAGCUCUGAAACAGAAGUUUGCGAAUGGUUGGAACCCACCUAAGAAGUUGUCGCCCGAUGCACUCGAUGGAAUCCGUCACCUCCACGCGAAGGAUCCUGAACAAUUCACGACCGCUGUUCUUGCGCGGGAGUUUGAAAUGUCCCCGGAAGCCAUCCGCCGAAUUCUUAAAAGCAGAUGGCGUCCCACUGAAGAUGAGAUGGAAAGUCGGCGCAAGCGAUGGGAGAAACGCCACGAUCGAAUCUGGAGUCGCAUGUCUGAGCUUGGUCUUCGCCCUGCGAAUGAUCGCGCCAAACCGAUGGCGGACUAUCAUGUACUGUAUAAGGAGGAUAAGGAGGGUUAAUCAUCUUAA